AUGCUUCCAACACCGCACGUCAGCUGUGACUAUGAUAAGGUCUACGAACCAUCGGAGGAUAGCUUUUUAAUACUAGAUGCUCUAGAAAAGGAACAGGCAUUCUUGAGGACUUAUUUUAGAUCUAAACCGACGGUCGUGUGCGAGGUAGGAUGUGGGUCCGGAAUAGUCACAACGUUCAUGAUGCAAAACGAUAUUCCAAACGAGCACGCUAUAUAUCUUCCCACAGAUGUGAACCCAUGGGCAAUGGACUCUAUGGUAGAAAGUGCUUCUCUAAAUAAUUGCUGCACAAAAAUGCUAAGUCCUAUUCGCACUAAUCUCACCAGCUCUAUUCGCCCAAGAGAAAUAGACUUUCUUGUGUUCAACCCCCCAUAUGUCCCUGCGGAAUCAGUGCCGUAUAUGCCUUUAGAUUCAGAAGCCAAUGAGGGUGAUUGGUUAGAUCUCGCUCUUCUAGGAGGGGACGAUGGCAUGGCUAUCACCUGGAAGCUCCUCGACAGCCUUGAUAAAAUUAUGGCGCCUGGAGGCAUAGCAUACAUUUUGUUUUGCGCGAGGAAUCAUCCUGAAAAGGUUGUUAAAACGAUGUCUACUAGAGGCUGGAAAUGUGAACUAACAGAACACAGAAAAGCUGGCUGGGAGGUGCUGAGCGUAUACAAGUUUUACCGCUGA